AUGGACAAGAACAGCAUCGAUUCUUUGACAGUGAUUUCGUUCUCUCCCGUUUGCAAUGUUCAUCAAAUGCUUUUGGAGGCGCAAACUGUGAAGAAAGAGAAGAAAAUUAAUUUGACCUGCGACGGAUGCAUCAGCGUGAAAGUGACGCUGCCAAUGUCAAAGUACGUCCUGGGAGAGUCCAUCAUGAUUUUUGCGGACGUGUUGAACCGUGGCAACGUUGCCGUGAAGAAAACUACGGCGUCUUUGGUUCAAACUCUCAUUUACUCUGACGGACGUGGCUCGAAAUCCGAACGUGCUGUCGUUUGCAAGGUGAAACGUGGGGAAAUAGCUCCUGGAAUGACUUAUGCUUGGGUUUCUGUGCCUCUCGUCAUACCGAAAACUAUUUCGCCCUCUGACUUUGGACCCAUGUGCUCCUUGUUCCGCGCCGAACAUUGUGUUGAGUUCACCGUAUAUAUCGCUGGCAUUGAAGAAAAACUCGUAUUCGACGUGACGCUGGGAACCGUGUGUGGAAGAGAACCUGAUACCAAUCGUUUUGUCACGUCCUACUUGAAACAGGGUUCGUUCCCGGUUUUACCGGUCAACUACCAUAUGAAGCGACACAAGACGUUUUCUCCUCAACGCGCAAGAAAUGGAUGCCUCGAGAACGAAAUGGAUGUUCCAACGGCAGAGAUAAACGCGUUGGAGAUAUAAAACUCCGGCAAUUCCGAACUGGCUAUACAAUUUCAACGGACGAUCUUAAAAGCAAUAAUACGCGAGCAAAGACGGUUGUGAAUUUUUAUGGGUAUUUUUCACGUGGCCUUUGGGGAGCUGUGAAUAUUUUAAGCGAUUGUGUUCUUUAUUUUUCGGAUUUGGACGGCGUAGUGGGAAAAAAAGGUUUUCCCUGCUUUUUUUCGAUCUCUUGAGCUGUGAAUGAAGUCUUUUGCUAUUUUCGAAUGAUAAUUAAAGUACGGUUUUAAGAUGUA